AAUCACCCACAUUUUAAUUUUAAUUUGAGGUUCUAUUCUAAUCUCUUACAAUAAGCUCGUACAAAAAUCUGUAAUCAAAAGUGUUUAAAUCAUAACAUAGACACACAGUCACACACUCUAUAAAACAAAACAUCACAAACCCUACAAGGUUGUCCAUUACCACUACAUACACAUACAACAAAUAUUCAUUUUUAUGUAUACAUAUACAUACAGAAUCUUCAACCUGCUGAACUGCUGAUUCCGGAAUCAAGAAAGAGCAAAUUGUGAUAUUUCUUUAGGAUAUAUAAAUUUAUUUGAUCCGGAUCACUAUUUCAAAGUGAACACUUCUGAAGUGAUUGGAUAUAAACUAUUCAAAUGGCUACAAUGGCCGCUGCUUCUGGGUUCUUUUCGGUUGCUUCUACCGCAAUUGACUCUGGUGGAAAGGACACUGGAAAACAUGGAGGUCUGCCUGCAAGUGUAGAUGCACGGGGAAUUGGGACAAAAUCUGUUUCUUCUCGUGGUUUGGUUAAGACCAAUGCGCAAGCUCCUUCCAAAGUGAAUGGCACCAGAGUUGGCGUGAUGGAUGGAUUAAAGACUGAUGAUGAGGUUUCUUCUUCGCCACCACCAAGAACUUUUAUUAAUCAGCUACCUGAUUGGAGCAUGCUUCUCGUAGCUAUUACAACAAUUUUCUUGGCAGCAGAGAAGCAAUUGAUGAUGAUUGACUGGAAGCCUAAGCGGGCUGAUAUGCUUACUGAUCCUUUUGGUUUGGGAAGUAUUGUUCAGAAUGGCAUGGUCUUCCGUCAGAACUUCUCGAUCAGAUCGUAUGAAAUAGGGGCUGACCGGACUGCUUCUGUUGAAACUUUGAUGAAUCAUUUGCAGGAAACAGCCCUUAACCAUGUAAAGACUGCAGGGCUCCUAGGUGAUGGAUUUGGUUCAACACCAGAAAUGUGUAAAAGAAACCUGAUAUGGGUGGUCACCAAAAUGCAAGUUAUGGUGGAUCGCUAUCCUACUUGGGGUGACGUUGUUCAAGUGGAUACUUGGGUGGCCCCUUCUGGGAAAAAUGGAAUGCGUCGUGAUUGGCUUCUUCGUGACUACAAUACAGGUGAAACAUUAACUAGAGCUUCCAGUUGUUGGGUGAUGAUGAACAAAAAGACAAGGAAGUUGUCUAAACUUCCAGAUGAAGUCCGAGCAGAAAUAGGGCAUUUUUUUGUUGAUACACCUCCGAUUGUGGAUGAAGAUAGCAAAAGGUUACCAAAACUAACUGACAGCAAUGCAGAUUACAUUCGUACUGGAUUAACUCCAAAAUGGAGUGAUUUAGAUAUAAACCAGCAUGUCAACAAUGUGAAAUAUGUUGGCUGGAUACUUGAGAGUGCUCCACAGCCAGUUGUGGAGAGUCAUGAGCUUGCUAGCAUGACGUUGGAGUACAGGAGGGAGUGUAUGAGGGACAGCGUGCUGGACUCCCUCACUUCUGUCCUUGGUAAAGGAUAUGAGGAUUUGACUACUUUUGGUCAAGUUGAGUGCCAGCAUCUGCUUCGACUUGAGGAUGGGGGCGACAUUGUAAAGGGAAGAACUGAGUGGAGGCCUAAACGUUCCUACGGGGUCAAAAGCUUCGAUCAGCUUCCAGCAGAAAGCGCUUAGGUGCCCACGGCUUUGGAAUCUUGGCUCCGCUUAAUGCAGAAAGCAGAUAGUGCAACUCUCACCAUCAGUCUUGCUGUUCUCGCAAAGACCACGGCGAUUUCUCUCCCUGUUGCUUCAAAUCUCACAUGUUUCUCUCUAUACAUAUUCAAUUCAUUCUAUGGUUUCUAUUUUUUUUCUUUAAGAUUAUUUGGGAAAGCAGAGAGACGCGUAAACCCACUGUAAUUAUACUACACAAGCUCUCUAUCUUAUUACCCAAUUCAAGCUGGUGUUUUAGAGUGUCACAGUUAUAUACUUAAAAGUGUUUGUAAUGUAAUGUGUUCUUUUGCUGCUGGAAUAUGUGGCCCCAAAAAAUUCUGAGACUGAUGUUUCAAUAGCUGACAGCCUGCUUAAUGUAAUUUAAUGUCUUCUUUGCCAGCCAA